AGCAACAUCCGAGAAAAAUAUCCCCGUCACCUCUGUCACGUUAAGCAUGUAGGGCCUCAACGAUUGCGCUUGUCUCAAAAAUAUCUCAGCGUCAACAACCAGAACUACAUCAACAACCUCCAAAACAAUAAGCCUAGCUGGUGUAGCACAACUUGGAGAGGAAUUUUGGGAAAACAAUUUAGAAACAACGAGAAGCAAAAGCAAUCAACUCUUGACGUUAUAAUCAGUUUCUCCCGUAUAGAAAAACAUGGGCGCAGGCACAACUUCAGCGAUGGAGCUGCAGAUACGCCGGAAAUGAACCGGGACUGUUAAAGACGAUUGAGACCACCCAGCACUGAAUAAAUUUUCGAAGAGAACAGCCUCAGAAGAGAAGGAACGCAGACAGAAUAUUCCGUAGCGUUUCGGUCGGCCAUCUUCCCCGUGUGACAUUGGACGAUAUUACACCGAUCACAAAUAUAAAAGACGCACUCCGACAAGAUGGGAAAGAAAGACAGUAACAACCAAAUGGAGGCGUGGCGGAAGAAAGCCAAGGACAAGGUCCGUGCCUUCAACAAAAACCUGCGCAAGGAUGCCUUCGACAAGAAAACAAAAAACAUGACAUUCGACGACGCGCAAGAGCAGUUGGAAGAUCUGCAAGGAAUGAAGGAAUCAGGCGCGAUUAGCCAUAAGAACCAGGGGAGGCUAGCGACUUAUGAAAAGUAUAUAUCAGAAGAGUUUCGUUUUUUUUUUCGAAGAAAUUAUCGCAAAACACGACGGUAUGGACCGCGUUUAGACUACCUUUCGCAGCAGUCAUGCACAUUUGCAUUUUUUGUUGAAAGAAAGUACGAAAAAAGUUUGUCGUAGCGUCGUGUUUCAAAUCCUUUCGAUAUUGAUUCUGGAUGCUUUUGAUGAGAGACGAAAGUUCAUUGUUUCUGAAGUAGCACAAAAACGCAUUGCAGGUAUCUCGCUAACAACGCGCCCGAGCUGCUGAAGCGACAGAAAGAGAAGAAGGAAAAAACCGAAGAAGAAAAGCGGGAACGCGCACUAGAGAAGAGAAGAAAAACCGCGAAGUUUUCUGUCUUCUACCACCCAACCGACAAUCCGUUUGGCAUACCACCGCCCGGGGAAAAGCAGCAGUACCGGCACCCGGACGGCAGCGUGCAAGCCGUGGCACCUUUCGCGAACGACGACAGCGAUAGCGAGGACAACGCGAAGAAGCGACGCAAGGCGGAGACGCUGCAGCUACCAGGGUUUAGCGCCGGAAUGCUGGCGAAGAUUCGCAAGGACGCGCAGGACCAGUACAAGCAGGAGAAAGUGGAACAGGGAACGCCAGCGGAGGUGGAUGUGGAUCACCACAUCAGCUACACGCCCCCGAUGCCGGAGACCCCCUACCCGUUCUACAACGCCCCGACCAUGAAGAAAGAACCGAUCGUCAAUGAUUCCCAGCUGAUUCGUGACACCAUACAAGCCAUCAGCAACGUGCGCGAGGCGUUGCUGCAGAACGUGAUAGCAUCGACGUACGCCGGCUACGGCGGUAAGAUGAACUGGGGGAAAGACGGCGCGAAGGGUAGCUUCGACAAGGGCAAGAAUUUCUUCAAGGGCGACGAUAAGGGGAAGAAGGGCGGCAAAAGUAGCAAAGGUUCGUCGGGUGGAAAAUCCAAGGGCAGAAGCAAAGACGAGGCCGUUCUUUUUGUCUGGAACGACAAGCCACCAGAGAGAGACCUCGAGAAAGGAGUUUUGCGACCCGGCGAGAAACCACCGGCAGAAGGCGCGGAUGGCACUACGUCCGCUUCGGAGCCCAAAGCCAGCGCAGCCUCCGCCGCCGCAGGACGGAGCAUGCUUUUGCAGCGGUUGGCACGCAAGGGAAAAACAACUGACACCGCGUAUCUCCAGGCGCAAACCCAGGUCUCUGCGGCAGCAACCACCACGAAGGAGGAGAGUGAUGUCGCACAAGAAAUGUCAAAAUUUCUUCGCGAGAUCGACAAAUAA